UGCACAUUAUCAUGUGACGGACGAUUUUAUGUGAGUAGAGUAAGGUUUCAGUUGCUUAGUAUCAAAGUGAGGUAGCUGACAGUCGGGCGGCAAAAUUGUAUCUAGAUUAAGACGUAAACUAAAACGGCCACAAGAUGGGGGACAUGUUCCGUAGUGAGCAGAUGGUCCUCGCCCAGCUCUUCAUCCAACCAGAAGCGGCUUACUUCGCCAUCUCCGAGCUCGGCGAAUCGGGAAUCGUUCAGUUCCGCGACUUAAACGAAAACGUCAACGUUUUCCAACGAAAAUUCGUCAACGAAGUCCGAAGAUGCGACGAAAUGGAACGCAAGCUUCGCUACAUAGAAGCAGAAGUGAAGAAGGACAACAUCUCCAUACCGGACCAACAGGACUUGCCGAAAGCUCCCAACCCGAGAGAGAUCAUCGAUCUGGAAGCGCAUCUCGAGAAGACCGAAGGCGAUAUUAAAGAACUCACAGAGAGUGCGGUUAAUUUGAAGUCCAAUUAUUUGGAGCUGACGGAGCUGAAGCACGUUCUGGAGAAGACGCAGCCUUUUUUUAACGAGCAGGACGAAGCUAAUGGCAUGGAUUCGGCCCACAAGGCGCUGAUCACAGAAGAUACGCAGAAUAUUUCCAUCCGAGGGAGGCUGGGGUUUGUCGCCGGGGUCAUCAACAGGGAGAGAGUGCCCGGGUUUGAGAGGAUGCUGUGGAGAAUUUCCAGGGGGAACGUGUUCUUGAGGCAGGUGGAGAUCGAGAAGCCUUUGGAAGACCCGGCGACGGGUAACGAGAUCCACAAAACCGUCUUCGUGGCGUUUUUCCAAGGCGAGCAGCUGAAGACCAGGAUCAAGAAGGUCUGCGCUGGGUUCCACGCGUCGCUUUAUACUUGUCCCAGUAAUUUCCAAGAACGUAGCGAGAUGUUAAAAGGGGUUUGUACCCGUCUGGAAGACUUGAACUUGGUGUUGAACCAAACCCAGGACCAUCGUCAACGGGUGUUGGUCAGUGUGGCUAAAGAGCUCCAGAACUGGAGCGUCAUGGUUAGUAAAAUGAAGGCGAUUUACCACACUUUGAACUUCUUCAAUAUGGACGUGACCAAGAAGUGUCUCAUUGGGGAGUGCUGGGUUUCCAAUAAGGACAUUCCCAUUGUGCAAAAAGCCCUCUCUGAUGGCUCAACGGCUUCUGGUAGCUCGAUCCCGUCGUUCCUGAACGUCAUCAACACCAACGAGAUGCCUCCAACGUUCAACAGGACCAACAGGUUCACCAAGGGUUUCCAGAACUUGAUCGAUUCCUACGGUAUGGCGUCGUACCGUGAAGCUAACCCGGCUCUGUACACCAUUAUCACUUUCCCAUUCCUGUUUGCCGUGAUGUUCGGAGAUCUUGGUCACGCGAUUAUCAUGGCGUGCUUUGGAGGGUACUUGGUACUCGCCGAGAAGAAGAUCCAAAGGAAGAAGAUCACCAGCGAAAUCUUCAGCAUUUUCUUCGCCGGGAGAUACAUUAUUCUUCUCAUGGGGUUCUUCUCGAUGUACACGGGUUUUGUCUACAAUGAUAUUUUCUCCAAGUCCAUGAAUAUCUUCGGGAGUAGUUGGUUCGUCAAUCUCAAUGAAGAGGAGGCGUUGGAGACGGACGAGCUGUCGUUGGACCCGCGGUUCGACUACGAGGGGACUCCGUACUUUAUCGGGUUGGAUCCGGCGUGGCAGCUGGCGAAGAACAAGAUCAUUUUCCUCAAUUCGUUUAAAAUGAAGCUGUCGAUUAUUAUUGGGGUCAUUCACAUGAUAUUCGGAGUCUGCGUCAGCGUGGUUAACUUUGUACACUUCCGUAAAUACUCAUCCAUCAUUCUGGAGUUCCUCCCGCAAAUCCUCUUGCUGUGUUUCCUCUUCUUGUGGAUGGUCGUAAUGAUGUUCAUGAAAUGGAUCUGGUACUCCUGUGACAAAGCUAACCCCAUCGAAUACGGAUCUUCGUGCGCCCCCUCCGUCCUCAUCUACUUCAUCAACAUGAUGCUCUUCAAAGAGCAGGAACCCACCCCUGGAUGCAACAUGUACAUGUUCGACGGCCAAGCCCAACUCCAGCAAAUCCUCGUCUACCUUUCCCUCAUAUGCAUUCCAGUCCUCCUUUUGGGUAAACCCUUCUACAUCAAGUUCACCCGAAAGAGUAAACCGCACGUGCGAAGCAACGGCGAUGUCAAUCAAGGAAUGGAGCUCGGGGAGUACCCCGAAGCCCAACAGAACACGUCGGGUGCCGCGCACCACGACGAAGACGAGGAGGAGGAAGAACCCAUGAGCGAGAUCUUCAUUCAUCAAGCCAUCCACACCAUCGAGUACGUGUUGAGCACGAUUUCGCACACGGCUUCGUACCUGCGGUUGUGGGCUUUGUCGUUGGCGCAUGCGCAACUUUCGGAGGUGUUGUGGAAUAUGAUAUUCCAGAUGGGGCUGAAGAACUCGUCGUAUGUGGGCGCUGUGUUGGCGUUCGUGUUUUUCGCUGUCUGGGCGGCGUUUACUAUCGCCAUUUUGGUGCUCAUGGAGGGGUUGUCGGCGUUCUUGCAUACGUUACGUUUGCAUUGGGUCGAAUUCAUGAGUAAGUUUUAUGCGGGGUUGGGGUAUCCGUUCCAGCCGUUUAGCUUCAAGGCUAUUUUGGAGGAGGAGGGCGGCGGAGAGGAAUAACGUGAACUCCUUUACAAGUGCUUUAUAUCUUAUACAGUUUUAAUUAUACUAGAUGUAGCAGCAAAUAUACAAUACUCGACGCA